GCUCUGGCCGGCUUCGUCGAUUGGUCGCUGGCCGCCGUUGGCCAGCCCUGGCCUGCUCUGAUUGGCAGGCAUUUGCCACCUCCCCACUGCCCAAGCAAACGCCCCGCAAGUGGAGAAAAAGAGGAGCUAUUGGCCAAUCCGUCAAGGUCCGCUUUUUAGAAGCUUGACUUCCUUUGAAGAUGAAAGACUAGAGGAAGCUCCACCUCUCUCCCCAAAGGGCAAGGGAAAUCUCUGGGCCAUUGGCUGGGAAUUGUAUCCACCCAUAUGUCACCGCUUUAUUCCUAGCAAGGAAAUGAGGAGACCUAUCAAUAAGAGAUUUCUCAGCCUGACAGAUAGGAUAAGAGAAUGGUUCAUCCCGCGAGACCAUGACAACGGGAGGGAGAGGGGGCUCCUAAACGCCCCGCCUCAUUUGAAAACAAAAUCAGACCCGGGACCUAUUUAGUGUGGCGGAGGCGGAGCGAUAAUUAUCGUGCUCGGUCCAACUGCAGCUGCGCACAGUCGCAUUUCCGUCCCCGCCCCUGAAGCCCUGCAGCACAAUCAUGGCGGGUGGGCUGUUAGGUUUGUGCGCUCGCCGCCUUUUGGUGACAGUGGCGACGCGAGGGCUUCCGGCUGCCCGCGUUCGCUGGGAAUCCGGUUCCUCCAGGGCUGUGAUCACCCCGUCCGCUGUGGCGGGAAAGCGGCCGCCAGAACCGACCAUGCGCUGGCAGGAGGACCCAGAUACCGAGGACGAAAACCUCUACGAGAAGAACCCAGACUCCCACGGUUAUGAUGAGGACCCUGUUUUGGACGUCUGGAACAUGCGGGUCGUCUUCUUCUUUGGCUUCUCCAUUGUCAUGGUCCUUGGUGGCACCUUUGUGGCCUAUCUGCCUGACAACAGGAUGCAGGAGUGGUCCCGCCGGGAAGCUGAGAGGCUUGUGAAAUACCGAGAGGCCAAUGGCCUCCCCAUCAUGGAAUCCAACUGUUUCGACCCCAGCAAGAUCCAGCUGCCAGAGGAUGAGGACUGACCAGUUGCUGAGUGGGGCUCAAGAAGCACCACCUUCUUCACCCCUGCCUGCCACUUUGUCCUCUCAGAGCACCUAAUUAAAGGGAUUGAAAGUCU